AUGCCAGGGAUGCGCCCCUUGGCAAGGACGGCGGCCGCUUCUAGCCGGAAUGGCAGACUGCUGGCGGCGUCGUGCAGGAGGUUGCGCUCUAGGCAGGACAGCAUACCCGAAACCCCGGACUCGGACUCGGACCUGUCACAGUACCCGCCACCGACAAAACCCCCCGCCGCCGAGCCGGCCUCGGACUCGCCCCCGCCACCACCACCCCAAGCCGCCACCACCCCCCGGCCCCGCCACGGCUUCAACCCCCGGCUCACGUACGAGGCGUCGCAAAACAUCACGCGCUCCUACUUCCUAGGCCAUCACCACGCCGCCGUGCAGCGCAUGCGCGAGAAGCUGGUCAACAUCGGCCUCAUCAUUGAGUGCCGCGACAUGCGCGUCCCCCUGACCUCGUGGAACCCCACCCUCGAGACCGAGCUCGAGGCCCGCUCGCGGCCCCGCAUCGUUGUCUACACCAAGCGCGACCUGACGGCCUGGCCCACCGACCGCGCCGUCGUCGACCGGCUGAAGAAGUUCCACGAGCAGGACAGGGGUCCCGCCGGCCUCCACUCGUCGUCAGACCGGGACCGCCUCCCCGCCUGCCUCUUCGCGGGCGAGGACGACGGCCCCGCCACGCGCGCCAUCCUCGCCGCUGUCGGCUCCGCCGCCCGCCGCCAGGACAGCCUGCUCGGCAUGCGCGCCAUGGUGGUGGGCGUGCCCAACGCCGGCAAGUCAACACUCCUCAACCGCCUGCGCAGCAGCGGCCUCGGCGGCGGCGGCCGCCCAGGCGACGCCGCGCUCCGCCGCAAGGUGGCCCGCACCGGUGCCGAGCCCGGCCCCGGCGUGACGCGCAGCCUGGGCACGCCCGUGCGCGUGCUGGCCCCCGGCACCGGCCCCGACGACGUCCCCGGCCAGGGCGUCUUCGUCAUGGACACGCCGGGCGUCUUCGUCCCCUACGUCGGCGACGCCGAGGCCAUGCUCAAGCUCGCCCUCGUCGGCUGCGUGCGCGACGGCCUCGUCCCGCCCGCCAUCCUAGCCGACUACCUGCUCUUCCACCUGAACCUACCCGCCCGCCGCCGCGACGAGCCCCGAGGCCACGCCCUCUACGCCCGCCUCUGCCCCGAGCCCACAAACGACGUCGACGUCUUCCUCGACCACGUCGCCCGCCGCACGGGGAAGCUUGGCCCCGGCGGCGUGCCCCUGCUCGACCAGGCCGCCGACUGGGUCGUCCAGCAGUGGCGCGGCGGCCACCUCGGCCGCUUCGUGCUCGACGACGUCACGGCCCAGUCCAUCGACCUCGCCCGGAGCAACAGCCUGAACCCGCCGCGGAGCCUGAACCAGGCCCGGAGGCUCGAGAAGGAGCGCAGGAAGGAGAGGAGGGUCGAGGUCGCCAAGGCCAGGCAAGGUUAG